UGGCAUGUACCAGAAUUUUGAUGAUACUGCACAGUGGGUUUUUUUUUUUUUUUUUUUUUAAAUGAUCUUCUAGAAAUGCACUCUAGUGAAUGGUCAGGAUGUGUGACAACUCAGGUGAUCACAAACAUAAGAAUUUAUUCAUUUCCAUAUGUAAUUAUUUAUUUUUAUUAGUUUUGGAAUGCCAGAUUAGUGGUAAUAUACAAACAAUUAUAAAAAAUUUAAAAUACACUUCACAGAUCGGAUGUGAUAAAUUUACUAUUUCAAAUACGAACCUUUAAAUGAGUGAAAAUGUACUGUCAAUUAGUUUAAUUAUGUAUAGCAAGAUCAGCAGUUUUGAGCCAAACAAAAUCCAACAACAUUUACCAUAUUAUUAUGUCCUUUUUAAAAAAAUAACAGGUUCUUUUCACUGUUAACAGUUUGUUUUACAUUUUAUUCUUUAUUUUUUAUAUUUAAAUAUAUAUUGAUAAUAUAGAUCCUGAGAAUGAUUAAUUCCUUUUUUUCCCUGUGGUCAUGCUUUAUAUUUUACUUCAAAAUGAAGCUUUGCUGUAUCAUAUUCUCAACUUUCUUUUGGAAUUUAAGUCCAGAAUAUUACAAUAAUGCCACUGUGUUUGCAGGAAAGAAGUUGAGAACGGCAUCCCUGAGGGCUAACGUAAUGUAUGGAGAGGGGGACCCAUACUACAUCACCAAUGGCCUGAGACAAGCCAAAGCUUUUGGUGGAAUCAUGAUGAGGGUGGGUAAUGGAACAGCACUAUUUCAACAAACAUACGUUGGCAACACAGCGUGGGCUUUCAUCUGCACAGACUUGUCUCUCCAAUCACAAAUCGAUGUUGGUGGCAGUUUUUACUUUAUUCCUGAUAACACUCCAGUCAUGAACACCUUCCAGUUUAUGGAGCCGUAUCUACAUGCCAGGAAUUUCCGACUGUCCAAAUUUUACCUGCCAUACAGACUUGUGUACAGUCUAGUCUAUGUCAUGGAAGUUUUCCUCAAACUACUAUCACCUUUUGUUAAGAUAAACAUCCAGACAGCCUCUUGUAGCAUCAAGUACAUAAACAUGACUUUGUACUUCAACAACAAGAAGGCACAAAAGGCUUUGGGGUACAAGCCUAUUUUUACAGCUAAGGAAGCAGAGGCAAAUUCCCUGGCAUACUACAAACAGGUUAAGCUGUGACAUGUCAAUAUAUUUUUGGAGAUUGUACAGUAAUGGUACAAGUUUACUAGGAAUUUAAUAUUUGUGCCACCAACUACUAGUACAGUAAUCAGAAAAAUAUGCAAUGUUGAAAAGUUGUGUACUAUCGUGUUUUCAUGUUCAACUGAGAACAUGCAUGUUAUUGAGCAUACUACCAGGCUUUCUGCCAGAAAAUAAUUUGGAGUAUUUUCUCUUUUAUAGAUACAUCACCUGUCUUCAAAAGUAGUGCAUAUUCCCUACGGUUAGUAGACUGGUCCGAACAUCCCAACAGCCAAAGGGAUGGCCUGAA